GCAGGAUUUCAGACAAUCUACAGCGAUGCAGAUACUCUUAAUCACUAGUCUGCUAGUCGGCACUACUCUGGCCGUCGGCAAAGGUAGGUAUGGCGGAGGUUUUGGUGGUGCAAGUGCGGACGCCUCAGGAGGAAUUGGUGGUGCAAUAACCGGUGGCGGUGCUCUUGGAGGUGGCGGUGGGGGAUCCGGAAGUGGCCAUGUAAUGGUUGUUGCUGGUGGCGGCGGUGGAUCUGGCUAUCCUUACGGGGUUUUUGGUGCUGGCGGUCCCGGUGGCUCUGGCGGCCAUGGUGGCCCUAGCGGCUGGAGAAUAGCUGGCGCCGGAAGCGUAUCCUCUGGCUUCGGACCUGGCGGGCAGAGCUCUUUGGGAAGAGGGAUUGACGGCACCGGUUCAGGACCAAGCAAUGGAUUUAGAUUCGGCGGUGCAUUUGGACCCACUGCUGGUGGACCGACAUUCGGUCCCGUAUCUGGAGGCCCUAGUUACGGUGGCCCUACUUCCGAAGGUGCUGUUACUGGUCCCAGUGGCUCGUUCCCGGGCGGCCUCGUUUUUGGUGGCCCCAACGGUGCUAGACCAAGCACUGGAUUUGGCGUUAGUGGAUCUUUCGGAGGCGGGGCAUUUUUAAGUGGUGUUCCCACUGUUGGUGGACAGACAUUCAGCCCAGUGUCUGGAGGCCCUGUGUCCGGUGGCCCAAUUUCCGGAGGGGCUCUAUCUGGCCCCUUUGGCUCGUUCCCGGGCGGCCCUGUUUCUGGUGGCCCCACCGCUGCUGGACCAAGCAAUGGAUUUAGAUUUGGUGGAUCUUUCAGAGGCGGCGCAUCUGUAAGCGGUGGACCAACUGCUGGUGGACCGACAUUUGGUCCAGUGUCCGCAGGACCUAUUUCCGGAAGUGCUGUAUCUGGCCCCAAUGGCCCCUUCUCGGGUGGUCCUGUCUCUGGUGGUCCUGUAGCUAGUCCGAGUGGCUUCUUCACAGGCAGAACUAGUGGUACCGUCGUUAUGACAAGCGGACAAAGCGGCCCGGCUCCUGGUCUCCCCGUUUCCGGGUCUGGACUUCCAGUUUUCGGAGGAUCUGGUGCCGGCGUUGUAAGUGGCGAUUUUGGUGGUGCAAUCGGAGGCAGUUUUGGAGGAAACGUCGGUGGUUCCUCCGUUAGAAAAACCUACUAGUCGUGAGGAUUUACGUGAAUCGUUCUUUAAACAUUCCCGACGAUGAUUUGCCAAUGUCUUUUGCAUUCUGUCCCGACGUCAACUGGACCGGGUUUACCGACGAGAUAUAUAAUAUUUUUUCCUGAUUUGUUUUUUUUUCAAAUGUCAUGUUAAGAAUGAGUCCUUUUACGGCUUCAAAAGAAAUUAAAAAAUGUAUCCAACUUUGUUACUAAGCUGUAAGAAUACUACUUCAAUUCUUAUCAAUUUGUUUGCUUUAAUACUCCGUUUGUGUGUUUAUAUGUUGGUUAUAUUUCCCAAAUGCCAUGUUAAGAUUUCGUUGAUUUAUGUAUUGAUGUCAUGUUACGGCUUCUUAAGCAAUAAA